UGCUGACCUUUCUUCAACCUUUUCUAUGAAACACGCUGCAAUUCUUGGCAUCAUUUGUCUGUCAAUGUCAUCAGUGUUUUGGACGGGUCGUAGAGUUUUAUACGCUAUGGCGUCGGCGUCCUAUAAUUCGGGACUUCACUCGGCAGCUUUUGUGACGUGUCCGGAUCUAGAUGUAGCCAAAAAACUAGCCAGGGGUUUGCUUGAAAAAGAGCUCGUUGCCUGUGUUAAUGUUAUUCCAGGGAUAACGUCAAUGUAUAGGUGGGAAGGAAAAAUUGAAGAAGAUAACGAAGUGUUGCUGAUGAUCAAGACACGUACAUCUAAAGUUCCUGAUGUUUCUACCUAUGUGAGAGAAAAUCAUCCUUUUGAUACAGCCGAGGUGAUUAGUAUGCAGAUUGAUCAAGGAAAUCCGCCGUAUCUAAAAUGGAUUACAGACUCUGUCCCUUCCACAGAGAAAAAUAUAUUUGAGAAAGAUUUUCUGUUGUAG